UUUGAAACAAAAAGGGAGAAGAACAAGAAGAGAAAUGGGAGGUGGAGGGAAGGGCGAUGACUUCAACAAUGUUGGCCCCAAAUAUCUUACCUGUGUUGAUUGGUCCAACUCUAACCAUCGAACUGCAGUGGCAUCAUGUUUGGUACAGGGAGUCUACUCACUGCAACGGGAUAAGAUAAAGAAACGGAAAUCAGAAGCCCACCUCUGGUGGGAAUCCUUUGAUUUCUCUUUAGCCGAGCCUCUGAUCAACAAAGAUGAUAAUUCCAUAUACGGCGCCGUUUUUGAAUAUAAAAACUACCAGAAGAAUAUACCUCAUUCGGGAAAGCCUCCGAGUCACGUGAUUGCCUUUCGCGGCACGAUGCUAAAAUUCAAAACUUGGUAUAAAGAUCUAAAACAAGACAUUCGAUGCUUGUUCAACAACCUUAAUAAGGGUAGUAGGUGUAAACAUGCCACACAAACAAUCGAAACUGUGCUGAAGAAACACAGUACCGAUGAGAAAGUAUCUGUCUGGCUCGCUGGACACUCUCUCGGAGCAGGUAUAGCGUUAUUGGCCGCGAAGACCAUGACGAAGCGUGGAUUCCCCCUCGAGACUUACGCAUUCAACCCUCCCAACUCGUCUUUGCCUCUAGAGAAACUAUCUGAUAUUGAUGUGUUUAAACGCGUGUUUCGAUUCUCUGAGAGUUUCUUCAAAGGGACCAUAGCCGUGUUCUCUCAUAACAAGACUCAACAACACGAUCCAAGAUUAGCAGCGUGGACACCUUACGUAUAUGUGAACCCAUCAGAUAUAGUCUGUGCAGAAUACGUUGGUGAUGUGAAACACAAAAACUUCAUGGUUGAUUUCGGAUUAGGCAAAAUUGAGAGUGUGGGUGCUGGAAUCUCUCUUAGGAGUUUAAUUUUCGGAAUAGAGAGAGCAGAACCUAUUCAACAUCUUUUGUCAGCCGAUAUAACGGUAAACAAGAACAAACUAAAUGUUGUUGAGACAGAUAAUGUGCUUAAGAAAUGUUGGUAUGAGUUUAAGAAAGCUCAUGGUCUUGCGCAAUGGUGGGAGCCAAACCCAACCCUUCGGGCAAAUUGGGAAACACACAGCAUUAGGCCUUCUAAUCUCUGUCUGGAAAUGGAGUCAUCCUCGUCCACUUAAACCCUUUUCCUAAGGAUUCUGUUAGUAUUGGUUUGGGGAACUAUCUAUCUAGCCUUAUUCGGUCUCUUCAACUUUUCGUUUGUUGUUGUUAUUUUUCAUGUGUUUGAAACGUUUGUUGUAAAAGCUCUUUGAAUUAUUUUGCUUGUGGGUCAACAACAUCUACUAGAAUUAUUGCUACUAUAUAUUGAGAAAUG